AUGAACUCCACUCACCACUCUGGAACGCGCACCUCUCUCCACUUCUGGAAUCGCAGCAGCUACGGACUGCACGACAAUGCCAGUGAGUCCCUGGGCAAGGGCUACUCUGACGGAGGUUGCUAUGAGCAACUUUUUGUCUCUCCUGAGGUAUUUGUGACUCUGGGUGUCAUAAGCUUAUUGGAGAACAUUCUGGUGAUUGUGGCAAUAGCCAAGAACAAGAAUCUGCAUUCGCCCAUGUACUUUUUCAUCUGUAGCCUCGCUGUGGCUGACAUGUUGGUGAGCGUUUCAAAUGGAUCGGAAACCAUCGUUAUCACCCUACUAAACAGUACAGACACUGACGCACAGAGCUUCACGGUGAAUAUUGAUAAUGUCAUUGACUCUGUGAUCUGUAGCUCUUUGCUGGCCUCAAUUUGCAGCCUGCUUUCCAUUGCAGUGGACAGGUAUUUUACUAUCUUUUAUGCUCUCCAGUACCAUAACAUUAUGACAGUUAAGCGGGUUGGGAUCAUUAUAAGUUGUAUCUGGGCAGCUUGCACGGUUUCGGGCAUCUUGUUCAUCAUUUACUCGGACAGUACUGCUGUCAUCAUUUGCCUCAUCGCCAUGUUCUUCACCAUGCUGGCUCUCAUGGCUUCUCUCUAUGUCCACAUGUUCCUGAUGGCUAGGCUCCACAUUAAACGCAUUGCUGUCCUCCCAGGCACUGGCACCAUCCGCCAAGGUGCCAACAUGAAGGGAGCAAUCACCUUGACCAUACUGAUCGGAGUCUUUGUUGUCUGCUGGGCCCCAUUCUUUCUCCAUCUAAUAUUCUACAUCUCUUGUCCCCAGAAUCCAUACUGUGUGUGCUUCAUGUCUCACUUUAACUUGUAUCUCAUCCUGAUCAUGUGUAAUUCCGUCAUUGAUCCUCUAAUUUAUGCACUCCGGAGUCAAGAACUGAGGAAAACCUUCAAAGAGAUCAUCUGUUGCUAUCCUCUCGGAGGCCUUUGUGAUUUGUCUAGCAGAUACUAA